AUGAGUACCAUUAAUCAUAUAGAAUCACAUUUUCAAGCUUCAAAUCAAAUACUACAUUCAAAUCCAAGUACUUUAACAUUUUUAGAAAAUAUUGAUAGAUUAUUAAAUUUAACAAAUUCAACAUAUAGUGGUAUUCAGUAUACUGGUAUUAGAGGAUUAAAUGAUUUUUCAUGUACAAGUUUUAAAAUGUUGGUUAUUGUAUUCUCAAAAUUUAGAUCAAUGAAAUCAAUUUUCAAAUUAGUAAAUUCACCAGAUGAAAAGGUUAGAUCAGAGACGUUAUCAUUAUUAUGGAAUUUUUCGGCUGAAGAGAGUUUAAAAAUUAAAAUGUUUGAAGAAAGAAUAUUGAAUUACAUUGGCUGUUUAUUCAAUUACCAAGAUGAGAAUCUUUUAUUAAGAACUUCAGCAAUAAUUCAAAAUCUUUGUGAAUUUCGAUUUGAAAAAGGUGCAAUAAACCAAAACCAAAUUAAAAUAGUAUCACAAUAUAAGGAUUUACUAUCAACCAUAAUCCAAAGAUCGAAUCAUCAAGAUGUAAGAAUUAAAUUUCUAUCUUGUAAUACACUUUGUAAUCUAUCAAUGAAUGAAGAGAAUAGGAAACUGUUCCAACAUAUGAAUAUAUUUCAAGAUGUAAUUGGAGAAUUCAAUAAAAACUAUCUCAACGACAUUGAACUACCCUCAUCCUUCAAUUGGGUCACAUUGCAACCUCUACUCGGUUUAAUCAGUAGUAAAGAUACUCAAGUCCAAAUAUUCAUCCUCUACUGUGUCUUAAGUUUCUCAUUAUCUGAAAAAUACAAUCGCCGUCUUUGGAGAGUCUUUGCCAAUAAUCAUGGUAUUGAAUCUCUAUUAAAAUUAAAAAAAUCAAAAAUUCAAUUAGUUUCUGAAUUAUCUACAAAAAUUUGUACAACUUUAAAAAUUGGUAAAAUAUCAUACCUACAUAGGCAAUUAAAUAAUAAUAAUAAUAAUAAAAAACAAAAAAUUGAAACAUUAAAACACGAUUCUAAUGAAUGUUUAGAAAAUGAUAUUUCAAAAUUAUUUAAUAAUGAAAAUAUGUUUCCAGAUUUAAUAAUAAAAUGUAAAGAUAAACCAAAUUUUUAUUUACAUAGAUCAAUUUGUGUUUCAAGAUGUCCAAAAUUAAAAAUUAUACUUGAUAAUCAAUCGAUAAAUAAUGAUGAUAGUGGUGAUGGUAGAAAUGGUUUAAAAUCAAGUACAGGUUUUGAAAAAGAAUUUUUAAAUUUAAGUGGAAUUGGUGAAAAAAUAAUUUCAAAUAUAAAUUAUGGUGAUAGACAAAUCGUGCAAUUGGAAUUGGAAUUAUAUGAAACAUUUUAUGAGAUUGCUAAAUGGAUUUAUGGAAUUCAUUCAAAUUCGAAUUUAUCGUCAGAGGUGGUAGCGAAAUCAGUGAUGAAGAUAGCAUAUUUUUUAGAGGUUCAAGAUAUAAUUCAAGAAUGUGAAUAUUCGUUAUGGCAUCAUAUCGAUUUAAAUAAUUGUUCAGAGAUUUUAAAUCUUUCAUUACAGUGUAAUUCAAAGCAGUUGGAGAAUGUUACAGUGGAAUUCAUACUCAGGAAUUUAGAUUCCAUAUAUUUUGGUAAUGCUAAAUCUGAUUUCCUAAAUCAUACUUUCAAUCAAGAUUUAAAUAUUAAUAAACUUUGGUAUUCUGGUGGUACAAAUAAUUGGACUAAAUUAAUUAAAAAUCAUAUUAUCAAUUCUUAUCAACUACAACAACAAAAAUUUAAAAUUGAAAUUCAUGAAUUAAAUAAUCAAAAUAAUUCUAAUAAAAAUAAUAAUAAUAAUAAUAUCAAUAAUAAUAAUAAUAAUUUACAUUUUAAUAAUAAUAUUAAUAUUAAUACAAAUAAUAUUCAACAUUAUUCAUCUUAUAAUGAUUAUGAUUCAUAUAGAUAA